UACAUUCCUGUAUUCCGAUUUAGUUUCUUCAGAAAUUUAAUACAUGAUAUAAUAAGACGAGUAUAUAUACAUAGAUCCUCACUCACUCUGUUGUUUCGAAUUCGAUCAUCAUCAAAAUCAACAUCAAAUCGGAAAUUCAGAGGGAGAUAAAAGAUGGGUAGCUUAAAUCCACCACCUCCUGAGCAGCUCACUUUGGAUUUCAAACCCACUUUUAUCCCCAAAACAAUCUCCCAUUUUCUCAAACAACUUUCCACAAUCGAUGAUCACCGUAACAAGAUUUUCAAACUCGAUGAUUUCGUUUCCCGAUUAGAAUCCGAAAUGCGCAAAAUCGAUGCCUUCAAACGCGAACUCCCUCUUUGCAUGCUCCUCAUUAACGACGCAAUUGUUGCAUUGAAAGAGGAGUCAAUGGGGUUGAAGAAAUCGUCAAAUGAUGAGCCGGUGCUUGAAGAGUUUAUACCGAUUAAGAAGAGUUGUGAUGAAGAUGUUGAAGUGAAGACGAUGAGGAGCGAAAAGGGUGGUGGCGAUAAGAAGAAUUGGUUGAGCUCUACGCAGCUUUGGAGCGCGAAUGAUGACGAUGAUUCAAACAGUGAUCAAAACCCGAAUCAGAAAGCAAUUUCAACGGAUCAAACAAUUAAAAAGAGAGCUAUGGUAGAAGAUGAACAGUUUAGGAACCGCGAUAGACCUUUUAUUCCGUUUAACGGAUGUUACGGGCUUACAAUGGUAGGAACAUUAGGAGAGAAAUAUAGGGAGGAAUUACCAAUUCCCGGGCUCUCUCUUGUUACUCCGGGAAUCAAGAAUUCCAUGAGGGGAAACAUUUUACUUGCUAAAACUAGCCCUGAUGGCAAGUUGGUUCCAUCGUCGCCAAAUGAUCAAUCAAGUUUACGAGCUGGUGCCACUCAGGGUCCGCCACCUCAACAACAAACGUCUAGAAAACAAAGAAGAUGUUGGUCUACUGAGUUGCAUAGACGGUUUGUCAAUGCCCUGCAGCAACUUGGAGGUUCACAAGCUGCGACUCCUAAGCAAAUUAGAGAGCUUAUGCAAGUGGAUGGUCUUACGAACGAUGAAGUGAAAAGUCAUCUGCAGAAAUACAGACUUCAUACACGAAGACUUCCAUCUUCUAAUACCUCAUCCGCAAAUCAGUAUGUUGAAUCCUCAAAGCAUGGAAUUUCGCAGUCAGGUUCUCCUGAUGGACCGCUCCUUAUUGGCAGCACCACCGGCGGAACUUCCACCACUGGCGGUGACAGCAUGGAUGACGGAGAAGACUCGAAAUCGGAGAACUAUUGCUGGAAAGGUGUAUAAAAUAUAAAUCUUGAUUUUUUGGAUAAUAAUUUGUUAAUUAAUAUAGGUGAGGUUAUAUAUAAAUUAGGCAGCAAGGUGAAAAAUAACUUAUACAUAAAGAAUGAUGAAAUUUUGCAGGAUUAGUUUCCUUUUUUUGAGUUCUAUAUUAAAGUUUUAGAGAUUUGAAUUGAGUUGUUACAUUUUUCUUGGAUUCUUUGUUGUCCAAGUAGCUUCAUGUGAAGCACAUCUGUAUUUGAGAUGAGGAACAUGAUAUGAUUGAGGUAUGCACUAUUUUAAGCAUGUUA